AUGACCUCUACUGCAGGGCUACCACCAUACUAUGAAAAUCAUGGCUUUCAGCCAGAAAAUGUCUUCUCUGCCAGGCAGCCAGUAGGUGCUAACGCGUAUCCACAGUACCUCUCUACAAAUGUUCUGCCAGUGCCAAACUAUGUCCCAAGAGUUGCUACCUAUCAGUCGAGUAGGCCAGCAGCACCCUCAUCCAGGAGUUCCUGUUCAUCAAGUAUAAAGAAAAUCAUAAUCAUUAUCUUAUCCAUUUUACUAGUCAUAUGUUGUGUAAUUGCUGCUUUCUUCAUUUGGUAUUUUGUAGAGAAUCGCUGCCAUGGCUCCUUAAUAGAGUGCGGCUCUUCAGGAGCAUGUAUGCAGCCCUCCCAGUGGUGUGACGGGGUGAUCCACUGUCCUAAUGGCGAAGAUGAAGAGCGGUGUGUUAGACUUUUUGGACCAAAUUUUAUCUUGGAAGUUUAUUCACCUGUCAGCAAGUCCUGGUAUCCUGUUUGUCAAGACGGCUGGAAUGAUGAUUAUGGAAAGAUAGCAUGUAAAGACAUGGGCUACAGUGUAGAUACAUAUUAUUAUAGUCAAGGAAUAGCAACUGAAGUCGGCUUUAACAGCUUUAUGAAGCUGAAUACAAGUGCUGGGAAUAUAGAUUUUUACAAAAAGCUCUAUAUGAGUGACUUCUGUGUCUCAGGAAACAUGGUUUCUCUGCGCUGCAUAAACUGCGGCCUGUCCAAUAAAAAUGUGAAUAUUAUGAGCAGAAUUGUGGGCGGAAACGUUGCAUCGCUGGGCCAGUGGCCGUGGCAGGUCAGCCUCCAUGUGCAGGACGCCCACGUCUGCGGCGGCUCCAUCAUCACCCCCGAGUGGAUAGUGACGGCCGCUCACUGCGUGGAAGGGCGAUACGCCGACCCAUAUGGCUGGAGAGUUUAUGCUGGGAUCCUGAAUCAGAAAGAGAUGAUCUUUAGAGCUGGACAUGGAGUGCAACAAAUAAUUUCCCAUCCAAAUUAUGAUACAGAUUCUAAAGACAACGAUGUUGCCCUUAUGAAGUUAGAGGCACCGCUGACUUUUACUGAUAAUGUAAGGCCAGUUUGUCUGCCUAACCCGGGAAUGGAGUUGAAUCCCGAUCAGCAGUGCUGGAUAUCUGGGUGGGGAGCAGAGUACCAAGGAGGUAAAACAUCAGAAAACUUGAAUUACGUUAUGGUACCUUUAAUAGAACGAUCUAGAUGCAAUUCCAUCUAUAUCUAUAAUGGCAUGAUUUUGCCUACAAUGAUCUGUGCUGGAUUUCUAGGAGGAGGAAUUGAUUCCUGUCAGGGUGACAGCGGAGGUCCGUUAGUAACUAAUAAAAACUCUUUGUGGUGGUUGGUUGGAGAUACCAGCUGGGGGACUGGCUGUGCUACUCCCAAUAGACCGGGAGUUUAUGGGAAUAUGACUGUGUUUACAGACUGGAUUUAUAAAAAUAUGCAGGCUGGAGCAAUGUCAUGCCUGCUGUGUGCACCAUCUCUACCUGUUGGGAUGGGACUUACAGUGGCAACACUUUGCAUGAUCGUCUCACGGACAAGAAUAGAAAAGCCGGCAGCCACGAUGAGGCAAGAGAGUAAAGAGAAGCAGGGAAUCAACAGCCCCUAA